UAGCAUAAAGAGGAAUCCAAGGCCGAAAGCUAAGACUUUGAGUCUAUCAUCCCCGGUGGGAGACCCCGAUGAUGUGUGGCUCCAGGAGGGAGACAGGAGAAAGCUGCGACCCAUCGUCGACUCGGUCUUCGGACAGUCACACACACCUGGCCAAUGGAUGUCUUCAUAACAUUUUAGUCAAACAUAUGCAUGUUACUUGCAUUUGUCCACUGUGGUGGUUGAAUGAGCUGAAGAUGUGACAAUGUGUAUGAACAGAUUAAAAUGUCUCUCCCAUUUCUCCGCUCAACCGUUUUACCCAAAUGUGUGUUGAAGAAAAGCAUCCUUUGAGCCUUCUGUACCACAUGAUCAUGAAUCCAUAAUUACUCACUGUUUUCACCAAUGACAUUAUGUUCACUGUAAUAUUAAAGUGAUAAAUACACAGCACUAGCAGGUAGCAGCAGGAUAAACAAGGCAUUUAAGAGAUAGCUGAACAAAGUAGUUUAUGGCAUUCUUCAUGUGAAAAACCAAAUAUGUUUGUACAUGAACUUCAGAAUUACACAUUGAAGCAUGAUGGGAUUAGGCAACCGUGCAUUCUUUAUAGAGUCCUCAUAGUGUUACCUGGUGUCUGAAUGCAGCCUUAUAAUCUUUCACAAUGUUUAAAAAAGUUAAAAAAAGACCUUGAACUUUAAUUAAUUCAAUUUACACUAGAACUCGUAGUAGUUGUUCUUUAUAAUGAAUUCCUUUACUGAACCUUGACUAAAGUUGUAAUGUUUUAUGCUGGAUUUGAUUUUCUCAGCAAUACCACAGGGAAAAGAUGUUUCAUAUUCUUUUACUGAGGUUUUGAAAUAUUUACUGUGCAGAUGAAUGUUUGGCAAUUUUCCAUUGAGGCACAAUUAUGUGGUAGAGUAGAAUGUACUGAUAUUCAUCCAUUUAAUUAAGUUUCUUGUCCACUGAAAUAGAAAAAAGGUAUUGUUUUCUUUUCCACAAAAUUCACAUCAAAGAGUUUGUGACAUAUACUGUUGGCGGAUUUCCAGAUCUCUCAUUGAAUCUUUGAAUUCAUGAACUGCGAUUUUACAAUUCAAAAGGAUGAGGAUUUACAUCGAUGACAAACAAUAGAAAAAUGAUCGAGUUCUUUUUUCAGAAAAUGUCUUCUUGGUACCGUUUAAAAAAACCCAUCAAGUCAGAGAACUCUAUUGUUAAUUUUCUGUAUAGUGCCAUGGAAUCAAAAUACAUGUUCAUUUUAGUAGACAGAAUUAAAAGCAGGUCAGCUGAACCAAUGCCUCGGUGGCACUUUUAGCGGCAACCUUUGAUUCCUAUACUCCUGGAUGGAGAUGAACAACAUGCAGUAACAACGUUGCAGCGGUUUCUUUAUCCCUUCAUCCUAUUUUUGCAGAGAAUCUCUAAUCCUUAGGACCUCUUGGAACUUUUAGGUCACAGUUAAAUGCAUAAACCAAAAUUUGGACGGCUGCAAGAGCCAUUAUCCUCCUUUUGGGGAUAUGUAAGUGGGCGAGAAUGAGAUUAGGGAAUGUGGGACAAUCGAGACAACCAUAUGUGGUUGCAGUCUGUGAUAUGAAGUGCGGUUUAAUUAGAGAUUGUCUGAUGACUGCCCCAUUGCUUGUUUAUUUAAUGAACUAUUCUGUCUAAAUUCAGGACAAAUAAAAGUUUCAUGAAGUAAUAAUAUAUUUUUAACAUUUACAAUAUUCAUCUUUCUCAUUCUUUAUUCCCCCUUCUUCUCCCUUCAUUUUGCCAUGUUCCCCUUUUUAAAUGGUUGGACUAAUGGUGUAUUCAUAGAUUUUGGUUUGACAACUUGACAUAUAAUUGACAUUCACAUAUUAACAAACAAUUACUCAUAAAACAUGACACAAAACACAGCACUUGUAGCAUUCAUUGGACUUCUACGUCUUGUGACCUAAUUAAUAUUAGAAUUAGAACUUCUCAGAUAUUUUGUGAAAAGUUGAAAAUUGUGUUUCCUAAAUGUGGCAAGUAGUUGAAGUCUAUAUUUUUCAGUGUCGCAACUCAAACCCAUAUUAACUCAGCAUGGCUCAGCUCGAUUCGCCUCAUCUUAUUUGUGCAACUCAUAGACGUUUAAGCAGAUCGACUGUUUUCUUGAAUUUGCCAGAAAGAUCAGCACACAUUCAAGGUAAGACGCCAACGUUCAAUGUGCGUGUACGGUGCAAAGUUUACGGACAAGAACUGUACGAAGGGAUGAGCACGUUAUAUGUCUGAUGUCAAACAUCCUCAGUAUACGGCACAUAUGUAGGAUUAUUACCCGUCAAUAAGGCACUGGGAUCAUGGUAAAUAUGUUGUGGUGUAUGCCACAAGUCAACAGUUGGUUGCAAAGUAUUAUGUGUGCAGGCUGAAACUUGUUCGGAGCCACUUCGCAGCAGCUGUCAUUGUUUAGUGGAAGAGAGCUUCUGCGUAGUUUGCGUUGAAGGCUACCCUGUUGACCUAAUUUCAACUGAUUUACAGCCCUUGCAAUAUAGUUGAAUGCAAUGUCUUGUUUUUUUCUUCCAAAUCUGCGCAGGCUGUAACUUGUUUGUAGCCGUAAUCUCAUGAUGUCUAGUUGCCCACAUUCAUCUUGAGUUUGGUUGGUUGAAGAGAGUAUCUGAAUAUUUUCAUUAAUGGCCGAACCCUAAAUGCCAUUAUUUGAACUGAUAAAUGCAUUUGCAAUAACUGUCAACAUGCAUGUAUACGAGUGCAAAUACUCUUGGAUUUAAAGCAUCUCAGCCAAAAUGUUUGAAGUGAUCAACACCAAAGCUGUUAGCAUUGCCUUAAAUGCAAAAUCCUGACGUUGGUGUGGUUCCAUCAUGAUGUUUAUCCUUGUCUUUCAGGCAUGUGGUAUAUUGUCGGGGUUUAGAGCAUACAUUCUCACCCAGCUGCUGUGUUUUGGGUUUCAUAGCUGAAAAGCUUUGUUGAUUAAGGUGGAUUGUUGUUGCUUUUUCAUUUUGUUUCUUCAUCUUAGAUGCAGACUACUAUUUGUUUUCCCUUUUUAUUUGGGAAAGGAGACUUCAAUUAAAUGAAUCGAAAAGUUUCCAGCCAUUCCCGUGUAACAUAUGGUGGGAAACAAUGCAGUAAUCAAAAAAACAUUACAGGACUGAAGCUUCCAUUUGCUAAUCUGGUGGAUGUCCAGCUGGAUCAGUAGGCUAAGCACAUGCGAUUAUAUAACCAGAACACUGUGGAUCUGAAGCCUUUGUUACAAAGCAUCUCAUCAAUCUUCAUGCUCUCUACUUAAUCAAUUUUUGUCAGUGUAUUUAUUUAUUUAUCCAAGACCGUAGAAAGGUUACACUGCAGGCUUAGCUGGAGAAUCGCGUCUGUGAAGGGGAUAGAGAUUCAGCUAUUGUGCCAUCCGUCCAUGAAAUGAGGUUUGACCAUCCAACAUGUCAUUACUGUCCCUUACCCUCCUGUUGGCUACAUGUCUUUCGAGUGACCUAUCCAAAAACAGGAAAUGUUUAAAUGUCCUAAAAUGGGUAGCAGCAGGCUGACAUCUAGCGGUGGUCGAUAGGUCUUACAGUUGAGCACAAAUUCAUAUUUGCUGUAAAAGCAACCUGAGCUUUGCUGCACUCUGCUGGUGAUACCAAAACAGCAUAAUGUUUUGAAAGCUUCUCAUCAAUAAAUUGAAAAAGUGUGUAGAGGUCACAUUUGGUUUAUAGUGUGUACUUGCCCAGUUAUCUUUGAAAGCAGAAGAAAAAAAGAUUUUUUUCACUAAAAAGCUGACAGCAGUUUUUAAAGAAAUGAAGAAGUAGUAAUAUUUAGGGAAUUAUAAAGAAUUAAAUAUCACUAAAACAGAGGAACAGGGACAUAGAAAGGCAUGAAGAAAUAGAAAGAUAUCAAAAAUGUGUUAGUUCCCCAAAAUUGACCAAAGGAUUAAGGCUGCAGGCGCUCAGCACUGGCUUUACACUUACUGCUACUAAUCUGUGGCACACAUACAGCACCACGUGACCAGCACACAAAUGUGUAUUAGAGUCACAAAGUAACACAUCCUGAGCUCACGAGUAUCAAAGCGUGGUGAAGUGAUUACAAUAAAAACAUGCCUUGCAUUCAAAUUUUAUUGAACUUUAAGAUAAGAAAUAUUUAACGAAGGAUUCAGUUGUACUUCUUCAGUUUGGGAAUUUAAUGAUAACUGAUCAGUCAGGGAUAUAAAAGUUAUGGGAAGGCACACUGAAAUAUAAAAAAAGUAUAGGUAAAAUUUUAAAAUAACAAAAUGUAAUAGAAUUUAAUAUUUUACCAUACUUUAGAGUUGCUGAAAGGUAGAACUAUUUUAAAUAUAAUUCUUUACCAAAAGAUACCCGAGUUUAUCUAUUAUUUAUUAUCAAUAAAUCAUUAUUUUUUCAUUCUGUGUCUUCUAUGGUACCAUCUACGCUAGAAGACGAGAGCGCAGCUCUGGUGGCGAACCCUCUGCUUGAGGCUGUGGCAACUCCAGGGAGCCACAAGAAAAGCGCCCCUGGUGGUCAGUGGCAGCAAUGGGUCCAACCUCUUUAAAACGAAGAAACUCAAAGUUUGCUGAUCUGCCAAACAGGUGGCCCGGUCUGGGAUAAACAAAUUUUAUAUUUUGGCUUUCAGCUACAGAUGCUGACUGAAUGUCGGCUGGCAGCGGGGUGGGACGGAGUGGGACGUAAUUGCCUGCGUCCUAAAUACAAUGCCUAUGAAAAGUACUUGGUUGUUUCACCUUUUGUCGCUUUUAUACGUGAAAUCACCCUCAAUAUAAUCUGGGGUUCUGGCAAGAAUUUGCCAAAAAUAAUGGAAAAGUUGAAUGUUAAAGUAUACUGUAAUAUUUCAGCAUUCUUGCAAAACAGCUCCAGCUGUCAGAUUGCUUGGAGAUCGGGCGUCAGCAGCUUUACUAUCACACUUGGAGUUUUCUUAAGUCUUUAUGUUGCAUUUGUGGCAGGAAUACUGAUAAACCAGAGACUGGACCCCCGGUAUAUGUUUAUAUACUACAAUCACUUGACCCACAACUGCAGUCAAGUGAUAUCUAUUUCACUAUCUGUGACACUACGAGCUUCAAAGGGGAUGAAUAUUUAUGUAAACACUUAUUUAACACUAUAUAUAUAUGAAAUUAAUUGUUUUCUAUAUUGGCAACAAAAGUAAAAAAGUGAAAACUUGUUAUAGGCAUUGUAUGAGGUUAAUCUCACGACGUGUUUGUUUUCAUGUUGCUGAACUGAAGUGGUAGUGCAUUGAUCCGUUUUGUACUCAAUAGCAGUAAAAAUAUUUCUCAGCCCCCCCCCACUUCGAGCAUGAACUCCCAUCGCCUGUCAAACAUAACUCUUUCACUCUAAUCUAAAAUGCCAGAGAUUAAAUGGGCAGCCAACUCUCCAUCCAUAAUUCUAUCAUCCCCUCCCCCUUUAUGUCUCUCUCUCUUUCUCUCUCUCUCUCUCUCUUUCUUUCUCUCUCUCUCUUCCAAACUAGUCAUUUUGAGACCACAAGCACGAUGUUUGGUGGACGGAGAGAGGAAGUUGGGUGGCAUGGAUUAGAUUAAGUUGGGCCAAAUUCAAGAGAUCACCCUUGGUGAGCAGGGCUAACGGGUAGAUAGAUGGGGGAAAGUGUGUUUGUGUGUGAGAGAGAGGCAGAGAGAGAUAGAAAGGGAGGGAGAACGUGGUCGAUUCAUGCAAUCAGAGCCAAAAUCUGGCAGCGGGAGGUUGUUUCAGCCCAGAUAUGACCCAGCUCUCUCACCCCACCCUUCCGCUCUCCAGCACCCUGCUGCUAUUCCAUAAUAUCACACUACACCUCUUAGAGCUCAUCAUGACAGCAUCCAUCAACAUAGUUGAGCCUGGGAUUUAAUGCAAAAUCAUGUACCUGCUUCGCCUCUCGCUCUCACGAUAGGAUCCUGGAUUGCAACACGUGCACUGACAGGGAUCCUUCUUCGCUUGUAGGAGCAGUGGUGCGAGCGGAAACACUCGCCUCUGCCUCUCUGGGUGUGAAAGACUUUGCCACGUGGAAUGCACUGGAUUGAGUAUGGAUUUUGGACUUUUAUUUGAGAAUUGAUCAAAGAGAGAGAAAAAGGAAGAGAAACAGGGAAGAAGUUUUGCGAGAGGAAGAGGGACAACGGGAACAAGAGGGCAGGGAGAUGGGAAACAUAAACAAGGCUUCUAAAAAGAACAGUAAAAGGAUGAAGGGAGAGUUGCCAAUAGAACAAAGCGGCACCCCGUUAGCUGCCGCCAUGUUGGGGGGCCUUGGCGCUGCAGGUGAGGUGGACACGGAUGACGAGGAGGAGGGAGGCAGCGAGCAGGACUUUGAUGAGCCCCUGUGCGCCCUGGUUAAGAACUGCAACAUGCUGCACAACUUAGUGGGGCCUGCUUGCAUCUUCCUCAGACGAGGCUUUGCACAGAGCCAGCUUGACAGAGAUCUACGACCAGAGGAGAUGGAGGAGCUGCGCGAGGCCUUCAGGGAGUUUGACAAAGACAAGGAUGGCUUCAUCAGCUGCAAGGACCUGGGCGAGUGCAUGAGGACUAUGGGAUACAUGCCGACGGAAAUGGAAUUGAUAGAACUCAGCCAGCAGAUCUGUGGCGGCAGAGUGGAUUUUGAGGACUUUGUUGAUCUGAUGGGUCCUAAAAUGCUCGCUGAGACCGCAGACAUGAUCGGAGUCAAGGAGCUGAGGGAUGCCUUCAAAGAGUUUGACUCUGAUGGAGAUGGUCAAAUCAGCCUUGGAGAGCUGAGGGAAGCCAUGAAGAAGCUAAUGGGGCAGCAGCUGAACCACCGUGAGAUGGACGAGGUCCUGCGAGACGUUGAUCUCAAUGGGGACGGAGAGGUGGACUUUGAAGAGUUUGUGCGGAUGAUGUCUCGCUGACUUUUCACCAAACCUCACUCAGCUGCACUAAACACAACAUGGACCAGACUGCACACUGUUAAUGUUCUUGUAAUUCUUCUUGAUGUACCAAGACUUAUUGGUGUUUGUAGUUUCCUGUUUUCUUUUACUUCCACCAAAUCCCUUUAAUAUGCUACUGUUGUAUGAAUGUAUUUAACUUGAUGAAAGAUUAAAAAUGAAGACUCCUUUAGGGGAUUGUUUAACCAAAGCUUUUCUUUAGAGGUAAAAUUAAACUUGAAUAUAUUUGAAAUGAAAAUCCCAAACCAGCAAGUCUUUCCAAAAAUGUAUUUGUUGUGUUAUUUGGGGAUUUAACCUCUAUAUAUGCAGUUUACUAUAUUACCUGACUUACAUUUGGAGUUUGGUGGAACUUUUUAAUAACUUAAAUUCAAACUUUAAUUCAACCGUGCGAUUGUGGGAUAAUAAUGUAGUGUGAAUAGCAAAAGAGACAUAAUAUUGUAUAAACUUAAUCAUUAGAAAUUACUUUUUCCAUGAUAUUCAGCUAGUGCUAGCUAGUCAAAUGAUAUCAGAUGCUGUGAUUUUUAGUGUCAAAUAGCUUUUCAGUACAUAUUCAAUAACACUAACGGUGGAUUUCUGGUGUGCGCUAUACAUAUCUAUAAACAUUAUGUUCUGUUUUCCUAUUUGGUUAAAAAUGUAUCAACAAUCUGUCUCAAGGUACAUGUUUAUCUUAUGCAAUCAUAUAUACAUAUUGAAUGUUUUAAUUGUACAGUCUUUAACAGGUCAGAUCUUUUCAAAAAUGCAUUGUAAGUAAAUGAAUAAAAACGAACUAGU